AUGGUUCUGCCUCCAGCUUUUGCUUUUGACUCUCGAGCCCUUAGUGGAAUCACUGGCUCUAUUUCAAUCUCAUGUUGGAUUAUUGUCUUUACCCCCCAACUCUAUGAAAAUUUUUGCCGUAAAAGUGCCUCUGGGCUUUCCCUCACAUUUCUCUUAAUGUGGCUUGUUGGCGAUAUCCUCAACGUUGCUGGGUCCAUUCUUCAAGGUGUCCUUCCUACUACUAUUGCACUUGCUGUUUAUUAUACCAUAGCUGACAUUGUGUUGCUUAUUCAAAUUUUCCUUUAUAAUCGAAAGAAAAUUCUUUCGGAAAAGAUCACCAUUAUUUCCUCAAGUACACCACUUCUUGAGGAUGAAUAUAGUGCGGGGGUCACCACAGAUACUAUUUUACCACGCAGCAAAACAAGCGACACUAACUUGUCCACGAGUCACGGCACAUUUGAUUUGGAACAAGACCAAUACUCUAGCUGCGAUCAUAGCACGGCUUCCACAGCCUCUUCCAUUAAGUCAGCAAAAAUCUCUUUCCGCAGACGAGUCCUCAUAAACCUACUUUUGGUCACCGGCGUCAUUGUUGCAGGAAUAACUGGCUGGGCAGUUUCUCAGUUUUGUCACAGUGCAACUCCAUCACCUUCACCUUCAGCUCCUCUCGAGUUUAACUUCUGGGGUCAAGUUUUUGGUUGGUCUUGUGCCCCAAUCUACCUCAGCUCUCGUAUUCCACAAAUUGUUCUCAAUUUCAAACGCAAGUCUGUGGAAGGCGUAUCAUUUUUGUUUUUCCUCUUUGCAUGUCUGGGGAAUUUGAAUUUCAUUAUUUCUAUUAUUUCACUGGAUACUUCUUGGAAAUAUCUCUUGAUCAAUGGAUCGUGGCUUGCAGGAAGCGCUGGCGCCCUUUUCAUGGACAUUAUCAUUUUCUUCCAGUUUUGGAUUUAUAACUGUAAUGAAGAAGAAGAUGAGAAAAUUUAA